AUGGAUUACUUGAGAGAAAUAGAAGGCAAAAGUGCUCAUGAUCCCUUUUCCAACAGGCUUAAUCAGACGAAGACGAGAAUCUGUGUGUGGAUUCCGGGACCGGUAAUCGUCGGGGCCGGCCCGUCGGGAUUAGCCGUAUCAGCUUGUUUGAAAGAAAAAGGUUUGCCAAGUUUGGUUUUAGAGAGAUCUAAUUGUAUAGCAUCUUUAUGGCAGCAAAAAACUUAUGAUCGCCUUAGACUUCAUUUGCCUAAGCAAUUUUGUGAGCUGCCCUUUAUGUCAUUUCCGGAAGACUUCCCAACAUACCCUAGUAAACAACAGUUUAUCCAAUACUUGGAAGCCUAUGCAAAGAAGUUCGACAUUAGGCCGGUGUUCAACGCGAAUGUAGUGAGUGCCGAGUACGACCAGAGUCUUGGAUUCUGGCGAGUAUGGACCGUAGGGUCGAAGGACAACGAGAUUGAUCAUGAGUACGUAAGUCGGUGGUUGAUCGUGGCGACAGGUGAAAAUGCGGAGGAAAUGGUCCCACAAAUUGAAGGGACUGAGGAGUUUGGAGGGACUAUAAUCCAUACAAGUGGGUAUACAAGUGGUGAUGCUUUUAGAGGGAAAAGAGUAUUGGUCGUCGGCUGUGGAAACUCUGGAAUGGAAGUCUGUUUGGAUCUAUGCAAUCAUAAUGCCUUUCCUUCUCUUGUGGUUAGAGAUACAGUGCACAUUCUACCACGAGAGAUGCUCGGAAAGUCGACUUUCGGGUUGUCAAUGUGGCUACUAAAGUGGCUGCCCAUGAGCCUUGUAGACAGCCUAUUGUUGUUGGUGUCAAGGCUGAUAAUAGGUGACACAGCUAAAUUUGGCAUUGAAAGGCCACAAAUGGGACCUCUUCAGGUAAAGAACCUGUCUGGAAAGACACCAGUGUUGGAUGUUGGAACGCUUGAUAAGAUCAAAAGUGGAAUCAUCAAGGUGUGUCCUGGGAUCCGGAUAGUAAGGCAUCUGUCUGUGGAGUUUGUAAAUGGCAAUACAGAAAAUUUUGAUGCAAUUAUCCUAGCAACUGGUUACAGAAGUAAUGUACCAUCUUGGCUAAAGGAAAAAGAGAUGUUUUCACAGAAAGACGGGCUACCAAAAAGAGCAUUUCCAAAUGGCUGGAAAGGUGAAAGUGGGCUAUAUGCAGUGGGAUUCACUAAACGCGGCCUUAUGGGGGCAUCCAUGGAUGCUAAAAGAAUUGCACAACACCUUGAAAUUUGCUGGAAAUCGGAAGCAAAACAACUUUCUGCUGCCCUAAUUUCUGCAGCUUCACACAAAUUAUAG